GGGUGGGUCUGGCCGAUUCGGUCGUCAAAAUUCCCGAGGUGCAGCGCCGCGUGGUGGGCCCCGUGCUGGAUCUCAUCAGUGAGGCCCUGAACAUCAUCAGCUCGUCAUCCAUCCUCGCCGACCUCUGUGAGUGCAUGCCGCUAACGUUCGCAGAUGUCGCCCACGUGGCACCGUUAAAGAAGAAGGAUUGCCAUGCGGCCCUCGGCGGUGGAGACCCAGUUCACAACAGCAAGGUGUCGUGCACAUGCGUGUGCAAUUUGUUGCAGAACUUCCAUUGGAGCGCGAGUUACCGCACCCCAGUGAACAUGGGGCAGGUGAGAGAGAUCCACAACUUCAGCCUUCCAUCGAUGAACCCGCCUGAGGCAUUCCCCAUGAUCGCGAUAUUCGCCACCGACAGCCCAUGCAUGGACGUCGCCAGCCACACUGGCAGUCAGCAGUUGGUCUCACCGAUCAAGCCCCAGCUGGCCAUGCUCAGCAGCAUGGCCGAUGCGGUGGAGCAGGGCGCGGACGGCGCCGUCUUCGCGCGGUGGAGGAAGCUUGUGCUGUCGGCGCCAGUAACGUUUGAAGUGCACAGGGAGGGCGACGAUAGGCAUUGGCGCACACAGAACAUCAGGCAAGAGUUGAUCGAACAGGGCGAGACAGCCCAGCUUAGCGCGAGGCAGCGGGUGCAUGACAUAAUCGGGUUCAAGGAGAUGAAGGAGAAUGAGCUGUGGAAAACUCUGGGCAGCAAGGACGUCAGCUACCUGUGCGACAAGCAUGCGCUACGCCCGGUCUCCAACAGGUGCCUCGUAUGGGCGGAGGAGAACAUGAUGGGCGACUCCCCGUGGAAGAGCAUCUACGCCAUACAGGCCGUGGUCGAGCGCGCAUCAAUUCCCAACGGGAUCAAGUGGGCGAUGGAGGGCCUCACCUUCAUCGACGUGGAGAUCUUGAACUUGAAGUUUGACGCGAAGAACGAGCUCCUGUACAAAUGGCUCCCGCGCACUGGGGUCCCGACCGAGCAUUUCAAGGCAUUGAUGAAGCAGUCGGCGGUCUCGGCCGUCAUGCCCAUCGAGGAACUGGUGCACGCCGCCGAGUUCGACUGUCGCCAUAGGAACGCGACCCAGUCAAAGCUAGAGGUGGCGGGCUUUCUUGUUUACGAUUCGAUAUCCACGCGCGUGAAUGAGGUCAUUGAGAUGGUGAAGAGGGAGAACGGGGCAGCGCCAGCCGGGGGCACGCCUGCAGCGGCAGGGGGUGGCGUUGCUGCCGCUGGAGCCGACGCCGCAGCUUUGGCCAGCGCUAGCGGGGCAGCGGUGCCAGGCGAUAUCACCCCCCCGAGCUGCUAA